AUGGAUGGGCAAGCUGACAAUGUGGAGGAUGAUGAUCUGCAGCCACAUAACAAAUACCUUAGUCUUGUAGAGAAGAGGCAAAAUGUUAUGAAGCAGAGAAAAAUAGAUGUUGUUAGCUCAAAGAAACAGAAGGUGGCUGAGCACUCAUAUGAAGCCACAAAUCUGGACUCAUCUACCCCAGCCACAAUAAAUAUUAACUUACAGACGGAGCAAGAUGAUUAUGUGGAGCACAAGGAUCUGCCGGCACAUUACAAAUAUAAUUAUACUGAAGAUAAGGAAAAACAUAUCCACAAUGAUGUUAUGGUGGAUAAAAGCAAGUGUACUAAUGAAAUCAAGCAGAACAAGAUCUCAAUAAGGCCUAGUGCAACAGUACCUGCUAGUGUAUAA